AUGUGGUUAAAUGCCGAGGAGCCAAAGAAGAAGACUGCAAGUGUUAGAAGCUUCAUCAACCAGCAUACAUGUUCUGUUGUUACUACUAGAACACUGCCUGAUAGAGAAGCCACUGAUAGAGAGACUACUGAUAGAGAGGCAACUGAUAUCGAGGCUGGUGAUAAAGAUCAUACUGAGAAUGAUGCAACUGAUAAUGAAGGUACUGGUGGUGUGCUAACUCUUCAAGAAGGAAUUGAGGUGCAUGUUGCUGUGUGUGAGCCACGGGAUGAUGGUAUUGAUUUGGAAUUAGGUCAAGAAUUUAGAACCAAGGAGGAAGCAAAAGUUCAUAUUCAGACGGCCGCACAUCAGAAUUGUUUUGAGUUUGAUAUCAUUAAGUCGGAUGCUAAGAGAUUUGUGAUUAAAUGCAGAGGAGCCAAAGAAGGAUGUAAGUGGUUUGUACGAGUUGCAAAUUUGCAUAAUUCAGAUCUUUGGACGGUUAGAAGCUACAUCAAGCAGCAUACAUGUUCUGUUGUUACUACAAGAACACUGCGUAAUAGAAGGAAAGGCACAGCACAUAUCUGUGCAUCUCUUUUGGCCAAAGAUUAUCCUGGUACAUUUGACACACCAGUUCCCAAAGUUCUUAUCGAUUUGGUUCAUCGCAAGGUUGGUGUGGCAGUAUCAUACACAACGGCAUGGAGAGCAAAAAGAGAAGCUGCUAAUGAAGUGAGAGGAAGUCCAGAAGAGAGUUUUACUUUAUUGAACUGUUAUCUACACAUGCUAAAGGAGAAAAAUAUUGGCACAAGAAGUAGUGUGGUAGUGGAUGAGGAAAACAAAUUCAAGUACCUGUUUUUUGCCCUUGGAGCUAGCAUAGAAGGGUUUCGGGCGAUGCGGAAAGUCCUCAUUGUGGAUGGAACACACCUCAAGAAUGUCUAUGGUGGAGUUCUCCUUGUCGCGACUGCUCAGGAUCCCGAUCAUCACCAUUACCCAAUUGCGUUUGGUGUAGCAGACGGCGAGAAUGAUGAAAGCUGGACAUGGUUUAUGGAGCAGUUGAAAUUGUUUUACUACGAAACAUUCUAUUUAGUGAUUGUUUAA